CACCAGCACUCAGAAAUCCCACCCCAACACACAAAAGAACACAAUCUUGACUUCACAUCAUGUGAGAGGUUUGGAGUUCUAACUGACAGACCAAAGCGUCCAGAUUUGGCACCAAAAGCCAUUCGUCUUCAAACAUUUUCCCAAUGGCGUCAAGACCAUCACAUCAAGGUGAAUGACCUGGUCGAAGCAGGGUUCUACUAUGGAGGUUAUGCCGAUUGCGGCAGAUGUUUUUACUGCGGGGGUGGCCUGAAAAACUGGGGGGAUCAAGAUGACCUGUUGGUGGAACAUGCCAGGUGGUUUCCUAAAUGUGGAUUUAUCCGCCAGAAGAUGGGGGAGGAUUUUGUCGACACAGUCCAGGAGUUGAACCAGCUCGUAGUCGAGAUUUCUUUUAACAUGGUUGUUGAAGAGAUGAGAAAGAAACAAUUACAUAAUGUAAUAGAAGAGACAACUCUGUCUAGAGACCCUGCAGUUCAAGCUGUUGUAGACUUGGGUUAUGACAGGCAGGAUGUAAUACAGGCAGCUGAACAAUGUGUACAGACUGAAGGUAAUUUUAUGUUGUUGUAA